AUGGCUUCCUCAAAUACCAUUGAUCUCUCUGAGGUCAACGGGGUGGAAGAAAAUGCUGCCGGCAAUAGUACCGGUAGCACUACCCAAGCAACCCAAACCCCCCAGACGAUGACACAAACACCUACUCACAGCGAUGGGCCCCUGGCCAGGACACCGUCCCUGACCAGUUUCUCACUCACCGAAUACAGCGCAAAGCCAAUGGCCUCGGUCGAGGGCCGGAACUCGCAUAUAAAGAAGAUUGUUCCUGACGAGUUGCUCUUGCCGAAUGGCUAUCCCGAUUACUUGCGCCUCAUCAUCACCUCGUACCCCCGGGUCAGGGAGGUAUGCAGCGAAAUUCCCCUGGUCCACGCGGUCAACCUUAGCAACCGCCUGGAAUGCAAGGUGCUGCUGAAGCGUGAGGAUGAACAACCCGUUUUUAGCUUCAAGUUGCGGGGUGCCUAUAACAAGAUGGCUCAUCUGGACCGCGCCGAGUCCUGGAAGGGUGUGGUGUGCUGCAGCGCCGGCAACCAUGCGCAGGGCGUGGCCUACUCCGCCAGGAAGCUGAAGAUUCCGGCCACCAUCGUGAUGCCGAAGGGUACACCCAGCAUCAAGCAUCUCAACGUGUCGAGGAUGGGGGGCCAUGUCGUGCUCCACGGGGAGGAUUUUGACGAAGCCAAGGAGGAGUGCGCUCGGCGGGAAAAGCAGGGCGGCCUGAUCAACAUCCCGCCCUUUGACGAUCCGUAUGUCAUCGCCGGCCAGGGCACCAUCGGUAUGGAAAUCCUCUCCCAGACGAACCUUCAGAAACUCCGCGCUAUCUUCUGCUGCGUGGGCGGCGGCGGCCUGAUUGCCGGUGUCGGUGUGUACGUCAAGCGCAUUGCGCCGCAUGUCAAGAUCAUCGGCGUGGAGACCUACGAUGCGGACGCAAUGACCCAGUCUCUCUCGAAGGGCGAGCGCAUACUGCUAAAGGACGUCGGUCUAUUUGCAGACGGGGCAGCGGUCAAGACCGUGGGUGAGGAGACCUUCCGCAUCUGCCAAGAAGUGGUAGACGAGAUGGUUCGGGUAACGACGGAUGAGGCGUGCGCCGCCAUCAAGGAUAUGUUUGAGGACACCCGGUCCGUCGUUGAGCCCGCCGGUGCCUUGGCCAUUGCCGGCCUCAAGAAAUGGGUUGCCGCCAACCCAUCCGGCGAUCCGUCAAGGUCCGUCGUCGCCAUCACCUCCGGCGCAAACAUGAACUUCGACCGCUUGGGUUUUGUCGCCGCCCGUGCCACAUACGGCGAAGGGAGGGAGGCGCUCCUAGCAGCCAAGAUCCCCGAGAGCCCCGGUGCGUUCGCCGAGCUGAUCAACGCCGUCAUGCCUCAUUCCGUAACUGAGUUCAGCUACCGGUACGCCAACGAAACCGAAGCCAACGUGUUGGUUGGUAUCUCGCUCACUGCACCGGGAAGCCAGCGCGCCCAGGAACUGCAGAGCAUCAUCAGCCGCAUCAAACAGUCGGGGACCAUGGGCGUGACAGACUUGUCUGGGGACGAACUAGCGAAGAGCCAUCUCCGCUACAUGGUGGGCGGCCAGUCCAGCGUUCCGAACGAACGGCUAUAUAUGUUCCGCUUCCCUGAACGGCCCGGUGCGCUGGAGAGAUUCCUUCGGACGCUACGGCCGAAAUACAACAUCAGCCUGUUCCAGUACCGUAACUACGGUGGAGAUAUUGGCCAGGUGUUGACGGGUAUCCUGUGUCCGGACGACGAGGUAUGCGAACUGCAACAAUUUCUGAGGGAGAUUGGGUACCCAUGGGAGGACUGUACAGAUUCUGAAGUAUUCAAAACUUUCCUGAGGGCGUAG